AUGGGCCGUUCAUACUCGUAUUUCAAUAGUAGACAAAUAGAACUGAGAAAGGAUGUGGAACAAGAUUUUGGAAUUAUUAAUAAGAAGUUCGCCACCAUUUGUGGGCUUUAUCGUGGUCUAAGUGCUCGUGAAAUGGAUAAGACUAUGAUAACUUGCAUAAUUAUGUAUAACAUGGUAAUUCAGGAAACCCGUCGUAAUAAGAAUUGGACUAACCAUGAAGAUGAAGACUUAAGUCCUGAGAUUCAAAUAGAAAGAGGAUUACCUGUAAGGAACUAUGUGCAAAUGACUAGUUACAUUGAGAACAGAGCUUUGUAUGACAGGUUAAGGGCGGAUCUCAGAGCGAAUAUGCGGGCUGAGUUUGGAAGAGAUGGAUGGCGGAUUUAG